AUGCUAGAGAAUUCACUCAGAUGGCUUGGGGCUUGGCAGGAGUGCAUCCGGAACAUAUGCAUUCUGGCGCAUGUGGAUCAUGGCAAAACGACGAUGUCAGAUCACCUGAUCGCUUCAAACGGCCUCAUACAUCCUCGACUGGUUGGAGAGCUGCGAUACCUUGACAGCAGGGAUGAUGAGCAGGCUCGCGGCAUAACAAUGAAGUCCAGCGCCAUAUGCCUUCUGCAUGUGCCUGGGCAUCUCAUCAACCUCAUAGACUCGCCAGGCCAUGUGGACUUCUGCAGCGAGGUCAGCACAGCAGCGCGGCUGAGCGAUGGAGCUCUGGUGAUUGUGGAUGCUGUGGAGGGUGUCUGCAUCCAGACUCAUGCCGUGCUGCGGCAGGCUUGGCAGGAGAAGGUGAGGAUGUGCCUGGUGAUCAACAAGAUGGACAGGCUGAUCCACGAGGUGAAGCUGGCGCCUGAUGAGGCAUACACCAGGGUGCGGGGCAUAAUCACACACGUGAACAUGAUCCUGUCGGCCUUCCAGAGCGAGCAACAUAUCUCAGAUGCAGACGCUGUGCUGGCCCACGAAGAUGCCAAAGCCACGGCUGACAGCAGUGGGCUGCUCGAAGAUGAUGAAGAGUCCAAGGAGGACGAGGACAUGGAGUUCUCCCCUGAGAAAGGGAAUGUGGCAUUUGCGAGCGCGCAUGACGGCUGGGCAUUCAGGGUCGGCCAGUUUGCUGACCUGUACGCGGCCAAGCUGGGCUUCAAGUCCUCUGCCUUGGCCCGCGCCCUUUGGGGCGAGUACAGGAUAGAUGCCAAGACCAAGCGCAUCAUGCGCAUCAAGGCUUCCCAAACUGCCAAGUACAAGCCGCUUUUUGUGCAGCUUGUGCUGGAGCCGUUGUGGAAAGCGUAUGAGGCAGUGGAGCCCGGCGCAGAUGUGAAGAGCAUCCUUGGCAAGAUGUGCGUGCAGGUGAGCGAGAAGGCGAUCUCGCACCCGGACGCAAAGACGGCGCUGCGAGCAGUGAUGCGCGGCUGGCUGCCGCUGUCAGAGGCGGUGCUGAGCAUGGCGGUGGAGCAGCUGCCCUCCCCACUGGAAGCUGCCCCCGAGCGCGUGCCGCACCUGCUCGCACUUGACGCCAUUGAGGCCGCCGGUGCGCCGCGGCUGCCAGCCGCCAUGCAGCAGGCUGCCAUGUCAGCAUGCAACACCAGCGCCGAUGCGCCGCUCGUUAUCUACGUGUCCAAGAUGGUAGCUGUGCCCGCCUCGGCUCUGCCCCGCGUCCCUGGUACAGACAUAUUGCAAAAUAACAAGUUGUCAACAAAUUGUCAUUGCGCAGGCGAGCCCGGUCCGAGGGACCCGAAGCAGGAGGUGUUUUUGGCGUUUGCGCGCGUCUUCAGCGGCGUUGUCACGGACGGCCAGCGCGUGCAUGUGCUCUCAGCUGCCUACAACCCUGCACGGCCAGAUCUGGAAAGACAGGAAGUCCAGAAAAUGACGGCGCCUGUGCAGGUGGAUGGCCUGUUCCUGAUGAUGGGCCAGGGGCUGGAGCGGCUGCGGUCGGUGCCGGCCGGCUGCGUGUUGGCGCUGGGGGGCCUUGACCGCAGCAUCCUCAAAUCCGCCACCCUCUCCAGCUCGCCCGCCUGCCGGCCCCUCGCCCCCAUGCUCUUCCAGGCGUCGCCGAUCGUGCGGGUGGCGGUGGAGUCGGCGCGGCCGGCGGAGAUGCCCCAGCUGGAGGAGGGCCUGCGGCUGCUCAACCGCGCAGACCCCUUUGUCGAACUCUCCGUCCUCGACUCCGGCGAAUACGUCAUCGGCGCCGCAGCAGGCGAGGUGCACCUGGAGACGAUCAUAAAGGAUUUGAGAGAGCGAUUCGCACGCGUGGAUUUGAGCGUGUCGCCGCCGCUGGUCGCUUUCCGCGAGAGCGUCUACAUCGAGGCCGAGGCCCCCGAGCCCGGCCACAAGCCGCCAAAGGUGACCAGACCACCUGUUGUCGAGGCGACAACAGCCAACGGGCUGUGCACACUACGCGUCCGGGCGCUGCCGAUCCCAUCACAGGUCGCCUCCGCCCUGGACAACCACGCUGAUCUGCUCCGGCGCCUCUUUGACGCGCCCAGUGCACCCGCACCUUUGGCCGAGGCAUCCAGCGCCUCUGCGGAGGCCCUACUGCAACGAACCUGGCUGCUGGGUCCCAAGCAGGUGGGCCCAAAUAUCUUGCUGAUGUCCAGCGCGGAGACGCGAGUGCUGGAAGUUCCGUUGGGGGACGGCCGCGCGGCGGCGGCGCUCGGCUUUGCCGGCGACGCGGCGGCGGCCGUGGCGGCCGAGCGCGAGGCGUGGCAGGAUCUGCGGUGGGAGGGCAUUCCCGGUAACGUGCGCCACGCCGUUUCGUCGGGCGUGGCGGCCGGUUUCCAGAUGGCGGGCGCUGCCGGGCCGCUCUGCGACGAGCCGCUCUGGGGCAUCGCCUUUGAGGUGGCGGCGCGGUUGAACCUGCCAGAAGCAGGCGAGCUGGCAAUGGCAGAGGAUGUGUACGGGCCAUUCAGCGGGCAGGUGGUGUUUUGCGCGCAGGUGUCGAGUGCGGCGCGGCAGGCGCUGCGGCGCGCGGUGGCAGAGGCGCACCCGCUGCUCGUGGAGGCCAUGCUCCUCUGCGAGCUGUCCUCCACGUCCGACGUCCUCUCAGGCACGUACGCGGUGCUGGGCAAGCGGCGGGCGCGGGUGGUGCGGGAGGAGUUGCGCGAGGGCAGCAACCUGUUUUCAAUUCUGGCCUUCCUCCCCGCGCAGGCCUCCUUCGGCCUGGCCGAUGAUCUGCGCCGCCGCACCUCGGGGGGCGCCUCCGCAGCGCUCAUGCUCUCCCACUGGGAGCGCCUGCAGGUGGACCCGUUCUUUGUGCCGAAGACGGAGGUGGAGAGGGAGGAGUUUGGCGAGGAGGGGCAGGGCGUGGGGACCGCCAACCUGGCGCACGCGCUCAUCGACACCGUGCGCCGCCGCAAGGGCCUCGCCGUCGACAAGAAGGUCGUCGAGAGCGCCACCAAGCAGCGCACCCGCGCCCGCAAGGUCUGA